UUGCCGACUGCAUGUAUGGGAAAGCUGCCUUGGGGUGUCUCGGAACCUCAGGGCCUUGGGGUGUCUCGGAACCUCAAGGGUCGAAUGGGCGGUCCAUUACAUGCGAUAUCAAAGCAAGUCUACUCCAAACGUUGCGUUGUUGUUUUAUCUAAGAAUAACAGCGUACGUUCCUACGCAGAAGAUUUUGGGACCGCAAGCAUGUGGCAAAGUGGUUGGCAAGCAAGUGAAAAUGAGUAUGGGAAAGCUUUGAAGAUGAUGGAUGUUAGGGCAUGCAUUAUGCAAUUUUGCCUGCCGCAUGAACGUUUGUUUCGCAAUGGCAUGAUCAAAGCAUUGCUGUGGAACUUAAAUAGUGGGAGCAUUUGUGGAUAUUUACAUGAUAUAAUCUACAUUACAUGUUUUGUCCAAGUCACUUCCAUCAUUUCUGAAAAAUUUUGGUACUUAUACUUGGUGAUACCUGGAUUCGCUGCAUAUCAACUCUUUGGACUUGUCAAAGGGUUUCUGCCGCAUGGUUCAGACGGAGCGGAGGAAGAUGAGAAGACACGAAAAAAGAGAGAAAAGAUGGGGAGGAAGGCUUCAAGAACCAAAAUGGUCAAGACGAGGACUCGAUGAUUGGUAGUUCAUGAUUACAAAUGAGUCCCCGGGACCAGGUCUUGUAGUUUAAAAUGUACUAGCUCUUGAUCAGUUUAUUUAAAAAGUAAUUUUCUUUGAUCCAGAACUAGUUAUUAUUACUUUACAUCGGAACAUUGUGGUGCAAGUCUUUUUUCUUUGUUACUUGUCAUCUUUGCAUUGUAUAUUUUUGCUUUUCGUCUGCACCUUUUCUCAUUACGGUGGUUAUAAAGGCACAGUUGUAACAUGUUGCACCACAUUCUCGAUGUCCUCGAGCUUCGCUUAUUAUAG